UCCAAGAGAAGAUGGACAAGAAACACAAAGAGCAGUGUUUCAAGCGUCUUCUUCAUCUUCUGGAUCGAAGCAGUUUUUAUGCUCAGUUUUUACUCAACAAGAUGGAAAAUCAGCAAAAAGAUGAGCGUAAAAAACAAGAGAUGAAUGCACAACAAAGAGAAAAGCAAAAAAUAAAAGUACUGCAACAAAAAAGUGAGAAUCAUGGUGAGAUGAAGAGAACCACUAGACUAGCAAUCAGUAACAUCCAAGACAUAGAAAACCCCAUUACUCUUAGAAAAGAUGAUAGUAAAGACGAGACAUCUAGAGAAAGAGGACGAAGGAGAAAAAGGAAGGAGAAUGAACUUGACAGUCAAGAUUCACAAGGAAAACAUUCUGUGAAGAACAUGUCAGAGAAAGGAUCCAAACGAAGACGUGAAGAGAAAGAAGAUAUCAGCUUAGCAGAUGUCCUUGAUAAAGAGGAUUUAACAAAAAGAGCCCAGACACAUAACUUGGAUGGUUCAACAGAAAAAGAAUUAGCAAAGCCUGCUAAGCCAGACAGAUUUUCUAGGCUAUUUGAAGGAAAAGCAGUGUCUGAUCGACAACCUGAACUAUUUUCUGGUGGUGUGAUGAGACAAUACCAGUUGGAGGGAUUUGAAUGGCUAAAAGUGCUAUAUGAAAACGGAGUAAAUGGAAUACUUGCAGAUGAAAUGGGCCUUGGGAAGACAAUACAAUGCAUAGCAUUAAUAGCACAUUUGAUUGCAAUGGGUGUACCAGGUCCAUUUUUCAUUUGUGCACCUCUUUCAACAUUACCCAACUGGAUAACUGAAUUUCAUAGGUUUGCUCCAUUGGUUCCUGUCAUAUUAUAUCAUGGAGCACCUGAAGAACGAGCUGUGUUAAGAAAAAAAAUUGGAAAGUCGAAUAUUGUGGUUGGGAAAAUUGUCCAUGCUGUAGUUCUUACUUCUUAUGAGAUCACUAUAAGAGAUCGAACUUUUUUACAGAAUUUUGAAUGGCGAUACAUUAUUGUAGAUGAAGGUCACAGGAUGAAAAAUUCCCAAUGUCGUUUAGUCAGAGAGCUUAAAAAAUAUAGAUCUGUUAACAGGCUUUUGCUUACGGGAACACCACUACAAAAUAAUCUGUCUGAACUAUGGUCUUUGUUGAAUUUUCUUCUUCCUGAGAUUUUUGAUGACCUCCAGGUUUUUGAGUCUUGGUUUGACAUCAGUUCUCUUAUGAAAGAAGGAGUUGAUGAAGAAAUUGUUGCUCAAGAACAAGAGAAACAGAUAAUAGCUACAAUGCAUCAGAUCCUUAGUCCAUUUCUUCUACGAAGAACAAAGGCUGAUGUUGAUCUUAUGCUUCCACCUAAGAAAGAACUGAUAGUGUAUGCAUCUCUUUCCGCACUUCAAAAAAAAUUCUAUGAAAGUACUGUGAAUAAAACAAUCCAAGGUAUACUUGUAAAACCACAGGAAGAAGAAGAAGAUAUUGAGUUUGAUGACAAAGGUCGGCCUAAAAGGAAUUGCAAGCGAAAAGUAGACUAUGGUGAUAUGAAAAACAUGAACUUUGAAAAGAUGUUACGAGGUGAAUAUGAAGAUACUGAUGAUGAUUCUUCUAAUACUAGCUCUACCAUUUCUGUUCAAAAACCUGUGAAAACAUCUGUGGUAUCGCUGAAGAUGCAGAAUAUUUUGAUGCAACUACGGAAAAUUUGUAAUCACCCAUACCUCUUGGAAUAUCCUCUAGACCCACUCACCCAGAACUUUAAAAUAGAUGAUGAGCUAGUAAAUGUGUGUGGUAAAAUGUCUCUCAUGGAUAGUCUUCUCAAGGAAUUAAAGAAACGGGGUCACAAGGUAUUGCUUUUUUCCCAGAUGACUACAAUGCUUGACAUUCUACAAGAUUACUGUUAUUUAAGAAACUUGAAAUUUGCAAGACUGGAUGGAAGUAUGUCUGUCACUGAUAGACAAGAACAAAUACAAAAUUUCAAUGAAGACCCAGACAUCUUUGUUUUCUUGCUCAGUACCCGUGCAGGAGGACUUGGGAUCAAUCUGACUGCUGCUGACACUGUGAUAAUUUAUGAUUCUGACUGGAAUCCUCAAUGUGAUCUUCAGGCCCAAGACAGAUGCCACAGGAUUGGCCAAACUAAGCCUGUUGUAGUUUAUCGAUUAGUCACUGCAAAUACUAUUGAUCAGAAAAUAGUUGAAAGAGCUGCUGCCAAAAGGAAAUUGGAGAAAAUGAUCAUUCACAAAGGCAAGUUCACCACAGGUUGUAAUGCCUUCAUGAAAUCCAACCAGCCAAUCAGAGCCAAAGAAUUACUUGAGUUACUUCAAUCAAAAGACCAUGAAGGUGUGGUCAAGUUUUCAGAUGGUAUGAAGUUUUCAAGUGAAGAAUUGGAUCUUCUGCUUAAUCGAUCUGAUAUGAUCAACAGAUCACAAGAAAAAAACUGCUUGAAUGAAGUGAAAAGUCUUUUCAAAGUAAUUGAUAUUCAAGGAACAGUUAACACAAACAUUAAUUAAGAUAAAUCCUAGUAGAAACACUUUGAGUUGAAGUCUGAAAUUUUAUGCAUGUCAGAUAUUUUUACUAUUAUUGAUUUACAUAAAAGUUGAAUUCACCCUUUGUUUUCUGAAGUUAUAAAUUAUUGACGCUGCCAGCUUUCUAAUUUUCUCGCAUUUUAAGCUGAAGAUGUAAGUUUUAAUAGUUGUAUUCCAGAAUGUAUUUUCCUAAAGAAAAAAUAAAAGUUUGUUCAUUUUAUAUUUUAA